AUGGGUGCAGAAAACAAAACCUAUAUUACUGAAUUCAUUUUGCUGGGCCUUUCUUCAGACCAGCAUAUGCAGAUCCUGCUGUUUGUUCUAUUUCUCAACAUCUACCUUCUGACUGUGUUUGGAAAUAUGCUCAUCAUGGUCUUAAUUCACAUUGACUCUAGACUUCAUACACCAAUGUACUUUUUUCUUAAAAAUCUGUCAUUUACUGAUCUUUGUUUUUCUACAACAAUUGUUCCCCAGAUGUUAGUUCAUAUGUUGGUAAUAAGAAAGGCCAUUUCUUUUGUUGGGUGCUCAAUUCAGAUCAUUGUUUUCCUGGUAGCUGGGUGUACAGAGAGUUCUCUCCUAGCAGUGAUGUCCUAUGAUCGCUAUAUUGCUGUCUGCAAACCCCUUCACUACCCCACCAUCAUGACCCAUAGGGUAUGUGUCCAGCUAGCUAUAGGGUCUUGGGCCAGUGGAAUACUUGUAUCUCUAGUUGACACAUCAUUUACAUUAAGUGUCUCAUACCAUGGCCAGAAUGUAAUUAAUCAUUAUUUUUGUGAACCACCUGCACUCCUAAAGUUGGCUUCAGAAGAAACCUACAAAGCUGAGAUGGCCAUCUUUGCAAUGGGCGUGCUAAUUCUCCUUGGUCCUGUAUCUCUCAUUCUCUUCUCCUACUGGAAUAUUAUUAUCACUGUAAUUCGAAUCCAGUCUGGGGAUGGAAGACUCAAGGUCUUUUCUACCUGUGGUUCUCAUUUUAUUGUUGUUAUCUUUUUCUAUGGAUCAACAAUAUUUACCUAUAUGAGACCAAAUUCCAAGAAAAUGAAUGAGGGAGAUAAGGUGAUUUCAGUGUUCUACUCAGUUAUGACCUCUAUGCUAAACCCAUUCAUCUAUAGCCUGAGGAACAAGGAUGUGAAGGAGGCAUUCAGGAAACUCGUUGGAAAGCAAAGCCUUUGA